GUUUUGCCCCGCCUUCUCUGCAUUCUGAUUGGCCUAGAAACGUUUUGACCACAUAUAUUAACCCAAGCAGUUCUAAAGAUGAAGCUGUGACAUGGAGAUCAAACGGAGGAAUUCUAGCAGUGCGGAGCAACAGUAAAGCUGUGCACAGUGUUACCACAAGCGACAGGGAUUUUGGAGGACUGUCCUCUUGCGCCUCAAUCCCCAAAUUCUAAAAAGGGUGUAAAUACAUUGCGGAUUUGGGGAGAACGUACUCCAAGCGCCAAUGAAGGCAGUUCCUAACAUGGACCGUGUACUUUGAGACUCAGUAAAGCAAAGGGAGCCUUCUCGCUCUGGAAAUGGACAAUGGAGAAAUUGCGUGUAAGUAGCUGAUUGCUGCGCUUUUGAUAGAUCGCUUUACAUUUGGCUUUGGUUGUGGUCAGAAGAGAGAGAACAUUUAUUACCCCAUGUGCAUUACUGUGUUUGGUGUAUUUGAUAUUUAACAGACGCGUAUAAUGACUGUAGUGUACAGUACAAUUAUAAAGAACUUUUGACUGUAAUUUUAUGGAGAGUCAGCCUGUGCGUAAAACUUCUGGAGACACCACCGAUAUACUGCGAGGACAAACGCAUAUCCCUUUAGCGGUCCGCUGUAAAAGUCAUUGGUUUGCUCUACCAUGAGCUUAGUUGGUGGAUUUCCUCACCACUCGGUGGUGCAUCACGAUGGCUACUUUGCCGCCGCUAGUCGCUGCCAUGAAGAAAACCCUUACUUCCACGGGUGGCUUAUCAGCCAUCCUGAAAUGUCUCCUCCUGACUACAGUAUGGCACCGUCGUACAGCCCCGAGUAUGCCAACGGUGCCCCUGGUCUUGACCACUCGCAUUACGGGGGUGUUCCGGGAGCUGGCGCCGUUGGGAUGGUGCCCCGUCCUGUGAAACGGAGACCCACGGCAAAUCGAAAGGAAAGGCGCAGGACUCAGAGUAUCAACAGUGCCUUCGCAGAGCUCAGGGAGUGCAUUCCUAACGUCCCCGCAGACACAAAGCUGUCCAAAAUAAAAACCCUUCGGUUGGCCACGAGCUAUAUCGCCUACCUCAUGGACAUUCUUGACAAGGACGAGCAGCACGGAGAAGCAGAGGCCUUCAAAGCGGAGUUCAAAAAGACAGACGUCAAAGAGGAAAGGAGAAAGAAAGAAGUGAAUGAAGUUUUGAAAAGUUCAGCAAGCAGCAACGAUAAGAAAACCAAAGGAAGAACUGGCUGGCCGCAACAUGUUUGGGCACUGGAACUGAAACAGUGAAAGACCCCUUCUCAUAAAGACUUGAAAAGAAAAGUCUUUUCCUUUUGUUUUGUACUCUGACUUUAUUUAAUGGAAUAUUUAUGUGCAAUUUCCCGCAAUGAAGAGUGGAUAUUUGAAGAAAACCAUUCCAUUUUAAGAGGAGGAGAGCCAUUUGGUAAGGGAUUCUGUCGUCUCAUAUGUGGUGAAUGUUUGUUUCGUUGUUGAAGUGGAAACCCAAACAGAUGUUUGACGUGUUCGUGAAGUGCGAGUUCUUUCCCCUUUCUCUCCCCUUUCCCCCUAGAUAUAGAUAUUAAUGGAGUUUAACUGAAAAAGUGACGCAGUUCAAAUGUUUUAUUUCAACAAAAAAAAAUGUCAUGAAGUGUUAUGUUGUCAUUCUGUGGUCGUCUCGUAUUUGAUGAUGUUUUAAACAGCUGUUAAGUCCAGUCGAGUGCACUUCCGUCCAGAAACAUGGGACUUAAAUCAUAUUGGAGAUGCAAACCAUGUAAUUAAUACAAUAAACCACUGUGUUUUUUAAACAUAGUCCCCUUGUUGCAUAUACUGAGUAAUAUACAACGUAUAAUUUGAAUUCUGAUCCAUUUUAAAAUAAAAUCGUUUUUUAAAUAUUUGA